AUGAUCACAUUCAAUGGUUCAGUCUUCUUGCCCUCUGUAUUUACACUAAUUGGGAUUCCCGGCCUAGAAUCAGUGCAGUGCUGGAUUGGGAUUCCAUUCUGUGCUAUGUAUCUCAUUGCUGUUAUGGGGAAUUCCCUAAUUUUAAUUAUAAUCAUAUAUGAAAACAGCCUCCAUAUACCCAUGUACAUUUUGUUAUCUAUGUUGGCAACGACAGACAUUGCCCUUAGCACCUGCAUUCUUCCUAAAAUGCUAGGCAUCUUUUGGUUUCAUUUGCCAGAGAUUUCUUUUGAUACCUGCUUACUGCAGAUGGGGCUUAUUCACACAUUCCAGGCAGUGGAGUCAGGCAUCCUCCUGGCCAUGGCCCUAGAUCACUACGUGGCCAUCUGUGACCCCUUGAGACAUGCCGCCAUCUUCUCCCAUCAACUCUUGACUCAUAUUGGACUCGGGGUGACACUAAGGGCUGCCAUCCUUGUAGUACCUUCCCUUUUGCUUAUCAAAUGCCGUCUUAAACUCUUCCGAACUACAAUCGAUAUUUUCAAACUGCUGUUCCAACCCAUACCUACCUGA